GUCUUGAAUUUUCACAUCCAGUUAUUAGUCCACCAGUGACCCUGGAUAGUAACAAAGCAUAUAAAGCCCGAACCCACCUCCCGCCACCAUCAUAGGUUCGUAGCUCCUGUGGAAAUCAGUAAACCAUGGCAUCUAAGAAAUUUGCCAUUAAAUGUGGUAAUUUUGCAGUCCUGGUGGAUCUUCAUAUAUUGCCACAAGGUCCAAAUAAAGAUUCCAGUUGGUUUUCUGAACAGAAGAAAGAGGAAAUUUGUUUGCUGUUAAGAGAAACCAUUGAUUCCAGAGUUAAGGGGUACAUGGGCGUUUAUAAACAGCACAGACCAUCAAAUGCAGAAUUCACAAGAUCCAGUCCUUUGUCCUUAAAAGGUUACGGCUUUCAGAUCUCAGCCUAUUUCCUCAAGAGGGGGAUACCCCUUCGCUGUAUCCUGAGCUCACAGAAUACAGAACUUCGUAUAUUUCCUGAAAGAUUUGUGGUCUGUGUUAGUCACCUUGCAUUCGGCCCUGAUACUUGGGCAAACCAGAAUGAAAAAUUGACCAAAAGCGCCCUCCACGGAGUGUGUGACUAUUUUGCCAAGUGUGCGGAGAGUUCGCCUUCUCCUGUUACAAAGCUCAAGAGAAACGCUCUGAAAGAAAUUGUGAGAAGAACUGAAGCAAAAAGCACUGUUGUGACCAAAUCACAGACCAGCAAAGACCUUGUGGGAAGAUCUAGUGAGUCAGGCAUUGCCGUGGUUCCAAGGAGGAAGGAUGCCCCAGCUAUUCUUCUAUCAGAAUCUGUGGGUCAAGCACAGGGUGACACAAAAGCAGUCAAGAGCCACUGGGGGCUUCCGGUUCUAAAGCUGGAAAAUGUUUCUCAGACUCAGCCAGAAGACACUAACAGCCAGCAUCAACCUCAUUCCGGGGAGUGGUUAAAGACAGGGCUUCUAAGCAAGAACCCUGUGUAUAGCUAUGAGUCAGCAUCACCAGGUCCAAAGCAAAGUCCACGAGCAGCCAAGACACAACAGAAACGCAGGAACCGUGGCUCUGCGGAAGACUCUGACCACCACAGGAGAGUGUCUCUUGGAAAUGAUGGAUUAAUCCCAGGAGACAUGAUGGUGGAAAGGAGCACAGCUGUCAGUGUUUUGCCAGCGUUAGAGUUGUCAGAUCCGGGGUUGCUUUUGAAACAAGAUUUGGCAAAAGCCACAACUAAAGAAGAACUACAUGCUUUGGAAAAUCUUUCCUCCAGACAUCUCAUGAUAAACAACCCAGUGCAGGCACAGCAAACCGGCUCAGCUGCAAUUACUGAAAGAUUAGCUACAGUGCAGGACGGCCCCAGCCAGAAGAGAAAGAAAUUGCAGAGUUACAGCAGAGGAUGUAGUGGCAAGAAAAACUGAGUGUGUAGUUCCUGGGAUUUAGAAGGACUUUGGGUAAUUACUUUAAGUAAACAAAUAUCUAGGGCAGGAGAGAAGUCUCAUCUUCUAAAAGCAUUUACUUGCAGAGGACACAGGUUUCCAACAUGCACAAGGUAACACACAGCCAGCGUAAGCUCCAGAUCCAGAAGAGCUGACACCCUUUUUGACCGUGGGCACCAGGCAUACACAUGGCAUGCAUACAUACACGCAGGCAAAACACACAUACACAUAAAUCUGUUUGUAAAACUGUUUGUGUUGGAAUUAGCCUUCACAGUCACCUCCUGGAGUCUGUUUUUCUAAUAGGCUUGUUACUUUCUCAUCAUAUUUAUAACUGUCUCCAGAAAAUAGUGUGUUGACAGAGCCCUCUACCUGCCAAGGAGUAAAGCGUGUAUAUAGGGCCCCAUGGAGAAAUCAAUGAUGGGGGCCUUCUCACCCCACUGUGAAGACCUCUGGAUGGGAUAAGGAGAGACAGUGCUAUGUGCUAUGGCUAGUUCUAGUGCUGAGGUCCUCUUACUCCUCAAACUGAGUACCUGACAUUGAAAAGAGCCAGUGGUUCUCAGCAUGAGGCUCUGUGAGGAAUGCAGGUAUUGGGGUCUCAGGACUGAUUUCUUCCAGCCUGGCUACCAUGGCUUCCAUCAGCUGAGGCCACAUGUGGAAAUGUGCACCCUGGCACUCCCUCAGACUUGUAAAGAGUGUUCACUGGGUUUGGUGUGUGGGUCAACUACUUCCCAGGUUCUGCUAUAGGACGGACAUGGACCUAGGGAGGUUUUACAUCUGUAGUUGCCAGAAAUGUACAAGUAGUUUCUCAGCCUGAAGUGAAAACAGAAGAGGUGGAUCCUGUGAGGUGCAGGUUUGUCCCUGCACUUGUUCACGCCAUCCGCAUUCUGGUUAUGGUUAGGACAGACCAGAACCCAAAGGGAGCUCAGUGGCCAUUCCAGUUCCCAGUUUGGAGUUUCUCAGGGCAUUUAAAUGUUCUUGUCAGUUUUGCAGCCUGCUCUCAAGAAAGACAAGCCUUACGUUGUCAACCAGGAAGUUUCGCCUGAUUAUCCCAGCCUCAAAGGACCAGAAACUGCUUGCUGGCAUUCCUUUCCUUUCCUGCAGAACUUUGUUCUUGAGAGCUGAUUCCAAGACCUUGAGUCCUCAAUGGAAGCAUGAGUAGCCUCCAUUGUAUACCAAGAAGCAAUUCGCUCAGAUAGAUCCUAAUGUCAAAGCCAGUCCCAUCAGAAUAAUGGGUGCUUCCCACUCUGGAACUAAGAUAUUCUGACAUGGAAGAAACAGGGUUUUAAUCAUUUAAUAGUUAAGGUCAUAUUUGGUAUUUAUACAAAUGUUUUGAU